AUGCCUUAUGUCUAAUAUCUCUAUUAUCAACAGAAACUUCCAUAAAAUUUUGAAUAGGGUAACUCAUCCUCCUAAAUGAUAAUUAGUACGUCAUCAUGAGGACCCAAUCUCCGCCUAAGGGACGAGAAGAUCAAUCGCAGAAUAGUAGGAUGUGGUACCUUAAGUCAACCGUGAAACGUUAGAACGAUACAUAAUGAUGAUUGUCAACGAAGAUGAAACUUUUCAUGAUAAAAUAGCAAAUCUAAAAUAUAGCAAUUAGUCAACUUUAUUUAAUCUGCUUGAGAUGUUGGUCCACAAAUAGAAGUGUCAAUAGAAGAGCAGAGAGGAGCUAGUUAAGUUUUGCUUACGUAAAGCAUUGAAAUUUAUAUUCAAAAGAGUUUAAGAGAAAUAUGAUAAAACAAGUAAUUAAUAUGAUCAUAUUUGAAGAGACAAAUUUGAAAUCUGCUCAAAAAAUAUUCAUGACUCUUGUGGAGAAGGAAACUUCAACCAUCAUUAUGCUGCCAUUUAGAAAAAAUAGCAAAAAUAAAACAAUGAAUUCAGAUUUUUUAAAAUAAAUUUUCUCUUCGAAAACAUUUGUUACUUACUACAAAGAAUUCUUAAGUAAAUUUUCUUAGUAUUUUAGACUCUUUGGAAUAAGAGAUACAAAAAGAUUCCAACAAAAAAAUUGCCACUCUCUGCAAUAAAAUUAUGAAUCAUAUUCAAGAUGGAAAAAAUGUAUAAUUACAUAUCAAAUAAUUAUAUAGUUUGAAUUCGACGUUAAAAGAUUACCAUGGUCUCGUUCAAACGUAGAAAAAGUAAAACAGGCUGCUUAAGAAAUGUUACUUUAUUCAAAUUUUGAGAUUAAGUGA